CGAAAUUCUGAACAUUUUUUAACUAUUUCCUGCCCGAUACGUGUGGUGUUGAACAAUCUACACUCGUGCCAUCGUUCGCGUUGGAAAAAUAGGCCGGAAAAGUACAAGGAACUUCGAAAAUCGCGAUCCCAACGCUGCAGUGCCCACAAGAAUUUUUCGAUAAAUCUCCGUAGAAACAAACCGUACCCGAACCAGCGCGGACCUCAUUAAGCUUUCCUCUUGUCCUUUGCAUUAUUUGCGUUGCCCCUAGUUUCCAUUUCGAGUGAUUACGCUGCAGUGCAGUGAAAGCGUGGAAUUUCCCGCAACUCGAAAACACGAACAGAGCGCCGCUAGCGACUAUCUCUGGUGCUGUUCUGCCGUUCCACGAUCACGAACUCAGGAUGCAAAUCACGGUGCUGGACCCCAACAUGACCGAGGGUACCACCUUCGAGGUGGCCGACGAUAUGGAGGUCGAGAAUCUGAUCGCCCUGUGCCGGAUGGAGUUCAACAUACAGGCCAACACGGAGCUGAAGCUGGCGACGAAGCAGGGCGUCAUGACGGAUCACAAGGCAACGCUGACGCACUACGGCGUCAAGGAUGGCGAUCUGGUGUGGCUACACAAGACGAAUCCCCGGCCAGCGCGUCCACCAGCUCCGAGUGGCGCCGACCAUCCGCGACUUGCGAACCUCGAUUUCAGCUCCAUCCAAGUGCCGGCCAGUCGCAGUGCCGGCGGUAGUGGCGGCGGUGGUGGGGGUGGUACUGGCUCGGAGAGUAGUAGCAGCAGCAGCAGCCUAUUAAAUCCCCGACCCUCGCCAUCGGUCGGCAUGGAGGAUGAUCCGGCGGUCGUACGCGAGAUGUUCCUCUCCAAUCCAGACCAGCUGGCCCUGUUGAAGCAGAACAACCCACGACUAGCAGAAGCGCUGCUGUCCGGUAAUCUCGAUACGUUUGCGACCGAACUGCGUAAGCAAAUUGCCGAUCGGAUGGAGAAGCAACAGAAACGGCUGCGGAUACUGCAGGCCAAUCCGUUCGACGCGGAAGCCCAACGGCUGAUCGCGGAGGAGAUCAAGCAGAAGAACAUCGAGGCGAACAUGGAGGCAGCGAUGGAGUACAAUCCGGAAACCUUCGGGACCGUGGUUAUGCUGUACAUCAACUGCAAGGUGAACGGUCACCCGGUGAAGGCGUUCAUCGAUUCGGGUGCACAGGCCACGAUCAUGAGUGCGGCGGCCGCCGAACGAUGCAACAUUAUGCGGCUGGUUGAUACGCGCUGGGCCGGUAUCGCAAAGGGCAUCGGCGUCCAACGGAUCAUCGGACGCAUCCAUAUGGUGCAGAUACAGAUCGAGAACGAUUUUCUUACGUCCAGCUUCUCGGUGUUGGAGGAGCAACCAAUGGAUAUGCUGCUCGGACUGGACAUGCUGAAGCGUCAUCAGUGCAACAUCGAUCUGAAGACGAAUGUGCUGCACAUCGGUACGACCGGCACGAAGACGCCUUUCUUAACCGAGGGUGAACUACCCGAGUGUGCUCGCUUGACGGGAAGCCCCGAGGAGGAAAAACGCGCACUGGAUGAGUCAGCCCGGUUGGCCGAGGAGUUGGCCCUUAAGGAGGCGCUUAAUCGUAGUACUCAGGGGGAAGCAUCCACGAGUGGUAGCACCAACAAGCAAGCAAACAACCAGCAGACCUCAGCCAGCACGGCCACUCCUACCACCAACACCUCAUCAGCUCCAUCAUCAUCCACCAGUACUGCCGCACCGGUACCGAUGGAACAGGAUGCGCCGCCGGCGUCGACCACAGUACCAUCGUCAGACGAGGUGCCACUGACGCUGCUGCCAACCGAUCGUUUCACUGCGAUGGAUGUGGUCGAGCUGGAAUCGAUGGGAUUCAACCGACAGCUAGUGAUCGACGAACUCAGGGCCGCCAAUGGCGACAAAACGAAGGCAACCUCGGGGUUGUUCUUGAAGUUAGGAUAAACUGCAACUCUUUCUUAAGACACAAGUCGCCUCUCACCAGCACCCCAGACUAGCAUUUUUGUUUUAAUCUUUUUCGGCUCUUUGUUGCCUUCCUUUCUCUGGCCCUUUUUUGGUACUGACUUCUUGACCAUUUCCUGUUGGCACGGGGAGUUCCCCACUAGGCGAUGGCCGGUGUUGCCUAUAAACGACUGAUCCUGACUGCGGCGACAUCCUUCGUUAUUCCCGAUCCCGAUUGCUGUGUGCACGUGUGCUCUUUCUUCGCUUUAGUGCUCCAAUCUUUGGCUACAUUCUCCAUCGGGUUGUGGGUUAAAAUAGGACUAAAUAGGGUAACGAUUUUUGUCGACUGCAGUAGCGGAAGGGGGUGAGUGAGUAAAGUUGAAAUUAUAGAUUAUUAUUUACUAAAUAAAUAGUGCACACUCGUGUAACAC